AUGGCUCUCAACCGAAAGUACGCUGCUUUGCCAGAUUUGGAUUCCGCUCCAGACAUCUACGAAACUCCCGAGCUCACAGACGACAACUCCACGGUUCCCACGACCGCUGCUCGAACGCACUCGGACGAUGAGUUCUACGAUGUGGAAGACGAGACACCUGGCAUCUCCAGAUCUCGUUUGCGAAUAGAUGAGGCUCGCUCUCGUUUUCUUCCUACGAACGUUGAUGCGAAUGGCGUGGACUUUUCAGACCGAGUUGAUGGGAAACGCAAAUCGUACAAAGCCUCUAGUCGUAGGCAGCGCAUACUGGAGGACGGAACCCAAGAGCUUGGUGAUCUCUCCGACGACGACGAUGACGAAAGCUUGGAACGACGGAUUGCUCGCUUGAAGCGUGAAGUAGAAGAAGCCAAGAAUGAAUAUGCGAAGCGAAAGGCCGAAUCUCAGGGGCAGGAUGACAGUGACGAGGCCACUGGUGACGAUAGGUUGGCUUCCCUCAGCCAAGUGCUGGACGAGAUCUCAAAGCCUGCAGGUCGCCCAACCGCAGCCAGGAUGCCACAACCGAUCACACCUUCAAGCCCGGAAGAGAAACCCGAAACAACAUCAGGAGAGGAUGCAACUUACACGGUGACAUACGCACCAACAUAUGAGCAAAGUCAUGCUUUGGCCAAAGCUGCUGACUUUGACCGCCGAUUGUUGAUGCUAGAGAAGGGCUUGGGAAUCAAUGCUUCAUUGAUGCCAGAGGCUGAUACCAAUGGCCUUCCUCGCGCAAUUCUACCGACUUUGGAUUCUAUGAACAAGCAGAUCUCAACCCUGUCAGAAGCUUCGACUGCAAACUUGGAUGCCAUCAGCCGACGGGUACGGACGCUAGCUCAAGAGCAGGACAAACUCAAUGACUCCAGGGAGAAAGCAAAGUCUUUGAGAGAAGAACUCGGCCGCAGCGGCUCGACGACUCAACCAGAAGAGUCUGAACAGGAAGCAAAGAUCAAUGCGCUCUACGGAAUUCUUCCUACCAUCGAGAACCUUACUCCCAUACUCCCACCUCUCUUGGACCGGUUGCGAUCACUCAGAGCUAUCCAUGCAGACGCUGCGACUGCAAGUGAUACAUUGACUCGCAUCGAGAAGCAGCAAGCAGAGAUGGCCGCAGAAUUGAAGCAGUGGAACGAGGGUCUUGUGAAGAUUGAGACUGCUAUAAAGGAAGGAAACGUUUCCAUCGAGAACAAUAAGCAGGUCAUGGAAGAAUGGGUCAAGGACCUUGAGGAGAGAAUGGAGGAUUUAUGA